CAUGUAUGAAGCGUCUAUUAUUUAAGCUGUACAAGUUGUAUUUUUAUACUACCUCUGUCCCAAUUUGAUAGUACCAAUUCUGCUGCUCACAAUUUAUUCUCGACAGAAUCACAACUUUCACUUGUUCAAGUUUUCACUUUUAACCUUCUUUAAUUUUUUCACUUUUGUAAUUUUGUUGUUGUUAAUUGUUAAUUUGUUAUUUCACCUAUUGAUUAAUUUCAGAAAUUUAAAUUUCAGCUUUAUUGAAGGGAUAACAUAAUAUUUAUAUGUAGAAAAAAUACAUGAUUUAUUGAUGAAUUCUUUCCGCUCAAAAUCCAAAAGCUGCGUUAACAGUGGUUUGAAAUCCAGGAAAAAACUUGCAUUAAUGACGGAUCUUAAUAAAAAAAUCAAUACAAUACCCAAAAUUAUCAUGCUCAUAUAAAUAGUGUUUGUAAAACCUUAAUUGGAAAGAAAAUGAAAUUUAGUUCGGCCGAAAUUCAACAAUUAUUUCUUUUGACAGCUUUAAACCCAACCAUAGCUAGAGGAGUCCGUAGUAGAGGACCAUAUUGAACUCGAUAUGGCCACUUCUACUACAGAAAUUAAUACUCUUAUCCUUUGGUUACCAACCACAUUGGGUCAUGGGUCCUAUAUAAAGAGCUUCACUAGCUAUUGCUUUUCCAUAUAUGAGUAAUUCUGUAGAAAUUAAGCUUCUUGAGUGGUUCCAAAAGUCAAGUAAUCAAGUCCAAUCAUAAUGAAGAUUGAGAAUGGUCAAGUCGCAUGGAGCGGUCAACGGGCAGAUGGCCCUGCAAAAAUAUUGGCGAUUGGAACGGCCACUCCCUCUCAUUGGGUUGAUCAGAGCGACUACCCGGAUUUCUAUUUUCGUGUCACAAAUAGUGAACAUUUGCAAGAUCUCAAGGACAAAUUUAGGCGCAUUUGUGGUAGAACUAUGAUCAGGAAAAGGCAUAUGAUAUUAACUGAGGAAACCUUGAAGGAAAAUCCAAAUUUAUGUACAUUUAGUGAACCUUCUUUAAAUAUUAGACAAGAUAUCUUGAUAUCUGAAAUACCAAAAUUGGGGAAAGAAGCUGCCCUCAAAGCAGUAGAGGAGUGGGGUCAGCCCAUAUCCAACAUCACCCAUCUAAUCUUUUGUACAAGGAGUGGGCUGGACAUGCCCGGCGCAGACUACCAGCUAAUCAAGCUUUUGGGCCUUAGCCCAUCAACACAACGGUUCAUGUUAUACCAACAAGGUUGUUUCGCCGGGGGUACGGUUCUCCGACUUGCCAAGGAUAUAUCUGAGAACAACAAAGCCUCACGCAUCCUUGUAGUGUGCGCUGAAAGCUCGGCUAUUGGGUUCCGUGGUCCAAGCCCGGAUCACGUAGAUAAUCUUGUGGCCCAAGCAUUAUUUGGUGAUGGGGCUGCUGCAUUGAUAGUAGGCUCGGACCCCAUGCCCAAUAUUGAAAAGCCCAUAUUUGAAAUUUUAUCAGCGGCCCAAACCUUUGUGCCUAAUGGUGACUACCAUCUUGCAUUGCAUCUUCGUGAGUCGGGCCUCUCUUUCCACGGAACAAAGUCGGUGCCAUCGACCAUAGCUAAAAACGCCGAGAGUUGUUUAAUUAGGGCCUUCGAAGAUUCGGGAAUCUCGGAUUGGAACUCACUUUUUUGGAUCCUUCAUCCAGGCGGGAAUGCAAUUGUGGACCAAGUGGAGAGCACAUUGGGCCUCGAGCCCAAUAAGUUGCAGGCCACACGAAAAAUAUUACGCGAGUACGGAAAUUUAUCUAGCGCUUGUGUGAUAUUCAUUAUGGACGAGGUCAGGAAGAAGUCCAUUAGAGAUGGGCUCAGGACUACUGGAGGUGGGCUUGAAUUCGGAGUGGUUUUAUCAUUUGGGCCUGGUCUUACUAUUGAGACAAUAGUUCUCCGCAGUUUACCCAUUUGAGAUUUAUAUUUUUAUAGGUCUAUAUGUUUCUGUAUGUUUCCUUGUAUUAUAUGCAUACUGUAUGAAUUGAAUAAAGAGAUACAAAAUCAAUUGAUGGAAAUGGAGAUAUUAUUAAUCUUCAUUGCCUUGUCGAGUUGUCGCAAAAUAACAACAAAAUAGUGUAUGUUGGUGU